AUGGCCGAGCUUAAGCCAUACAGGGGCAACUAUUACCUCUGGCAAUAUAUACCCUCCACUGAAGCUGCUAGCGUAUUUGCAGCUUUCUUCAUCUUAGGAACUUUGUACCUCAUUUGGAAGGUCGUCAGAACUCGGGCGUACUUCUGUAUAGUUUUCAUCAUCGGUGGCAUUUUUGAGAUUAUUGGUUAUUGUGCCAGAGCGGGCGCAAAAAACCGGACCGAUGUCCUCAUGCCAUACGUUAUUCAAAGCACUCUUAUCCUAAUCGCACCUGCCCUCUUCGCAGCAUCUAUCUAUAUGGUUUUGGGCCGCGUCAUUCGCGGGGUUGGCGCAGAGUACCGAUCGGUGAUUCCUGUCAAGUGGCUUACCCCUAUCUUUGUAUGCGGUGACAUCGUGUCUUUCGUCGUACAGGCGAGCGGUGCCGGCAUCAUGGUCACAGGAGACAGUAUGAAGACAGGCGAGAACAUUAUUCUUGGAGGCUUGAUCGUUCAAAUUGUCAUGUUCGGACUAUUUAUUGUCAUUGCCAGCAUCUUCCACUCACGACUCCGUCGAUGGCCCACAGCACUCUUUUUGGAGAAUCGUACCAAGUGGGAGAGCAUCAUGGCGAUGCUCUACACAGUGAGCGUAUUUGUCUUCGUGAGAUCCAUAUUUCGUGUUAUAGAAUAUGCAAUGGGACAAGACGGAUAUCCACUCAAGCAUGAGUGGACGCUCUAUGUCUUCGAUGCGGCGUUGAUGUUUGGUGUUGUGGCUGCAUUCGCCUUUAGAUUUCCGAGUGGGUUGGUCGUUGACGCGGCAAAAGACGAGGAAACAGUUGGGCAAGAGCUCACGAAUCGUAACUGGGCGUCACCAACCUUAGUAUCUUCAUAA